UGGGGAGCAUGACGCUGCUGGGGGGGCUGGUCCAUCUAGGGCUGAACGCGGGGCUGGCGGCCAUCCUGCAAGAUCCCCGGCGCCGGGAACACUGCGCCGUGGGCUUCUCAGGGGUCAUCUUCUGUCUGGAAGCCACGGAGGGUAUCCUAGCGCCUGUCACCAUAGUAACCCUGGGCAGCGUCACCAUAACGACCAAAUGGCUCUGUCUGGCUGAGUGCAUCACCGUGAGCCUCCUGUACCCCAGCAGCUCCUUGACAGGCCACGUGUCGGGAAUCGUGGUGGGCGUGGCUCUCGCGGCCACGCCCCUCGUCUUGGCCACGCCCCUCUCCACCAGCUUAUGAUGGUGCCACGGCUCACAAGGAAGAACUGUCCCCACCCCACCGCCGGGGGGCGCCCUGGAUCCAAACCCACCCGCCCAGCCCGGAGCCGCCAGCCCCACGGCACCAGCUUGGCUCCCAGGCCUGUUUUGUCAACCUGGGUCUGGUGCUGUUUGUAGGUAAACACGCCCGGGCCACGUCUGAGAGCCCCUCUGUUUCCACUGCACACAGCGGGCGCCUGCCCCAUGCCCGGCCCCAGGGCAGGGACUGGCUGGCUCAGGGGGGCGGGGUAUGGGGCACAGGCUGGCGCACGAGUGACCCCACGCGGGCGGGAGAGGGCGAGGCAGAGCAAACGUCCCCUGCCGCCCCGGGGGCACAAGGCAGCGUGACGCACCGCCCACAGGCAGGGCAGCAAAGCCCCAUGUGGCCAUGCACGUCUGUGUCGUGCAACGAACGGCCAAGCGCGUGAGCGGCUGCUGGUGCCAGGCCCAGGGGCGGGCGCGGGGGGAACCCGCUGGAGCCCCGGGGAUAAGGUCACAGCGCCUGAGCUCAGGGUGCGAAGCGUGCCGAUUCGCCGAGGGGGCCUGGGAGAGUACAAGAGAAAGCUCAAGUGGGCGUGCGGAAGGGCAAGUGUGCGAGAGCACACUAGUGUGCAAGGGCCGAGGCACAAGGAGAGCAUGCAAGAGGGACAGACACACGGGGGUGUGCGGGGAGAGAGGCGAGGUAUUACAAACCUCCAGAGCCACGUGUGGGCGAGAGCGUUUGUGCACGUUGAGACGUGAAAGGGGAGAGAGCAGCACCCAGGGUCACCAGGGAACGUGCGAGAGAUGUGCAGUGUAAGCAGGCAGGGCCGGGCGCGGAAGCACGAGACUGUCGCAGCG